GUAACAUUUGAAGGCGUAGUGGGAAGCAGUUACACUGGUGACAUAGCAAUUGACGACUUCUCCUUGACAGCAGGGUCAUGUCCUUAUGGUAAGUUUUUUGACUAAAGGGUGCACUGUCACCUAUUUUAAAAUUUAAAAAAAGACGUCUUUGCAAAUUUUGAGAGCGUGAAAGGGGGGGGGGGGGGGGCACUUGAUAAGCAAAUAGACGAGAUGUUACAGGGUUCUGUUCUCUUUUAUUCUUCCCGCCGGUGACGGACCUUUGCAGUUGUUGCUUCACCUACUUCGCCCGCAACUAAAUGCUGUUUUUACAUACAGAGUCGGUAGUCCGUGUUUUAUACUCUCUCCAUAGUUUCUAGUCUGCAAAUGGACUACUGUUAAGUUGUACAAGACCAUCCCAACUACUUUUGUCUGUGAUUGUAUGAAAAUUCUGGGUGUGGCCGUAAAAGGUCAAAAAAUCGACGACUUUUUUGUCAGUAGAAACGUCUUCAAAAAACACACGUAGACAGUACUCUGUUGAAAAAAAUAUUUGCCAUAUCUUGUUAAGACAGUUUUUGGUGCACACGUCUGUUUAUAUUCGGCAUGUUUUGCAAUCCGGCAAGUACAACUAUUGCUCUUUCCGGGGCACAGGAAGAGGGCCAAAAUACAAAUGUAAGAUUAUUUUCUGUGAAAGCUAUUGACUAUAGCAUAGGCUGAUAUGCUCCAAAUGUUAAAGCAAGAUAUAGUGCGUUCGCCAGUUCCCCAAAAAAUCAUUCGGAUCGCGACAUUGCAGCUGACAUAUUCUUUAUAUAGCAGCUUCCCCAUUCUUUACAACAUUCAGCACAUGCCAAUUUGCCACGCGAGCAAACUAUGAGGCUGAGUGGAGAUUUGCCGAAUUCUAGAGGCCACUUUCUCCGGCUGAAUAACUCUAGUUAAGCCCUCGUGUCACUGCUUUUCGCAACUGGUUUCAGAAAACGAGAACAAAGUACGCUCUUGAUUUAGAAUAAGGCGUCUAGUGUCUUCGUUAAUCUAAGUAAAAAGGGUAACACAUGCAAAGUCAUCACACACCACAUUACUCCACAUUUUUGUAGCCGAAAAUAACUCCUUUAUAGUAGCGCUAACGAGCAAAAUAGCCUAAUUGACUUGUUCGGGGCUUUGCAAGGACUUAACCAAACGAAUUUUAAUAGACAUUUUAGCUUAAUUCUAAGUAAAAUACGACAUUACUCCAUGGAUAGCGUUAAAAUUAAACUAACUUUGCCAACUGACCUUUAAAGGGCACUGUUUAAAUGGAGUAAUGUUGGGAAACAGUUGUUAAAUUUAUUCCCGUAGAUAAAUGCGACAAAAGCUGUCCAUAUUCUUACAUGGUUUACCUGUUUUUGCCCUUUUCUUGUUUGAAAGUUGGUUCAUUGUGCAUAUAUUUCGCAUUUUCUUAUGGAGUAAUGUAAUGGAGUUUGCGGAAACCCAUGUUGUUUACUGUUCUCAAAUUAACUGAAUGAUUGGCAGGCGACGCUAGCACAGCAAUUUCUAUAUGAACGCUGAACAUGGCUGAAUAAUUUCUUUUAUAGAGGUUCCCUAUCAUUUUCAGGCCUUACAAAAAUACAGUCUAGAAGAUUUUAAUUCGGCACUUAUCUCGCUCCUCCCUCGCAACUACAAACAUCACGUUUUUCUAGGAUAGUUUAAUAACACCGCCGGAAUGAAUGAAUUUCUUUUUGUAACAUCUUUCAAAAUAUUUCGCUGAUAGGAAACGGCAAAAGUUAACCAGGAAUAAUGCCGCUGAUGAAAAAGAUGCAUGUAUACAUGACAACGACAGCAAUCGUAUAGCAUUUUUUAACUUAAAAAUACCCUCAUGACUUUUCGUUAAAUCUAGUGAAACAGACCACCUGUGGCCAUUCUUUCUACAUAGUCCACGCAAAGAAAACGUCUUCUUGCUUCAUGAGGAAAAUUAAAUGCCUUAAAUGUUUUCUUCUGACGUUCUUAAAAGAAAGCGUUUUCACCCAGUGGAUCUUGUGGUUACGCUAUGAAAUGUCACGCACAUCAGAUGCAAAAUUCUCCUAUUUAUGAUUUUACCGAAAUAUAACCUUUAUUAUUUUUUUUAUAUAGUUUGGCAAGAGACUAUAAAGGGGACAGAGAGGGCAUCCCCCAUAUACACCCUAUUCCAUAGGUAAUUCGUCUCGAGUUAUUUUAAACACCACAGAUCUCAAGGGGGAUUAGACAACAGCCAAUCACAUAGCGCGAAUGUGUUCCGCGUGGAUGACCCACGCUGAGAGCCACGCGUCCUUCACGAAAUGACGCAGAACAAAAUGGGGGAAGACGCGGAGAGCGAUUUUGCUAUUCCUUUUGUCGAAGAAAACGACUACAGAGCGAUUUCUGCGAAAGCUGUGUCAGCGAAACCGAAAUUAAAAAAGAAUCGCCCUUCCUCCUUUGUAUAGAGCUAACAGUAGAGCAGGGAAAUCCUUAACACACUGAAUAUUCUCUCAGGAUCUUUUAUAAUUUACAGUUUGAAGAGAGCAAUUUCUGGUUUGAUGUUUAUUUUUUUUCAGUCUUUAUAGCGAUUAUUCCUACCGACUUACUUUGUCAAUUGUAGGCGAACCCUCCUAAAGCUGAAUUUCAAGGGACCAUAUUCAAGCUCAGAAAGAGAAAUAAAAUUUCGUCGUUGCUUAUUUACGUCCUCCAUAAAACGCGAAAUUAGGCAUUUUCACGUCGUAGUCGUGCAAAAACGGGAAAGAAAUGAACAAAAAAAGUGUGUUGCACGUGCGAAGUUGUUGUUUUGCUAAUUAAACCUAUUGUUUUUUUUGACGUUCUAGUUGUCGUCCGCGUCGUUGGAUCUUAAACUCCCUAAAUUGUACAAACGACCAGUUUCAAUAGACCGGCGAAAAUUUCUCAUUUUAUUAAAGCACUGAGGUUACGACAACUUCGAGUUAAACUGAUUUCACGGGUUGUCAAAGAGUCCAGCGAUUCCUUUUUCCCAGGUGAGCGCCGACUCAUUUCGCUUCAAUAUUCAGGAAUGCUCUCGAUCUUUUUACGCUUUCAUUGCCUCUCGCCCGACAUGUUUUGCACGGCGUUUGGUCAUGCGAAACCUCCACGAAACAUCCACGCCUCGCGCGAGGUAACUUUAUCCCGAUUCUAAAAAUAACUCGAGACGAAUUACCUAUGGAAUAAGGUGUAUAUGGGGGAUGUCCUCUCUGUCCCCUUUAUAGUCUUUUGAGUUUGGAUAGUGCAUUAUCAGCACAGUUCCAGGGCGAGAUAUCUCAAUCAAAUGUUAAAUGCAACAAUUUUUAUAAGGGUUUAAAGUUGAUUUCCUAUUCUCCUACAAUCAUCGUUCAAAGUGUUGGGAAGGUUGCCUUUUUUACCUCUUCUUUUCCUUCCUCCCCCUGCCCCUGGCCCAAUGUUGAUAAAAACGUUAAUGUUUGUGCACCUAAUUGUUCUGUUAUAUCCCAACAUUGAAUAGGGGGGACGGGGGAUAUUUAGCGAAAGAGAAAACUCUCUUUUUUCAGGAUUAAAAUGGACUACUAUUAAGUUGUACAAGACCUUUCCAACUACUUUUGUCUGUGAUUGUAGUCCGUGAUUUAUAAACAGUCCAAAGUCCGUGUUUUAUACUGACUGGUUCGAUUAGGUUCGAUUGAGUUCGAUAAAGUUCGUUUACCGAGCAGUUUGGGUGGUUACGUCCGCAUUUGAGAGGCAAUGUCCCUAAAAGCGUUCCACUCCAUUUCAGACUCGAAAACACUUUUGCCUUAUAUUUAUAUCAUCAAUACCACUAUCCAUCCUUAUAACUAAAUUGCAGUUAGAAUGACGAAAUAGUUUAUUUUACUGCCAUUCUCAGCAUUUCAUCUCUGAAAUGCUGAUCGUUACCGGCUAAAAUAUGCAAAUUUUAGACGCUGUUAUUCAGCUUUUUUAACGAUCGUUAAAAGCUACUACGGGCCGUUAAAAUCUUGACCAUUUGCACACAUUUGCACGUAUAUUGUUUCUACUUACUGUUUCAAUACGAUUUAGUCGUAUCUCUCUGUAAUCAGUAAAAACAAUGAUUCGAACAGAACCAUUGGUACCUGACGAGUUUACACCGAAUAGGAUCGGACAAAAUCUCGGAUAAAGAAAGGCGAGUACGAAAAUUCCCGGCUUUUGAAAUGGCCACCAUGUUGUGACGUCACAUGGUUAUAAAAUUUGAUAACGAUCCUGGACUGCUUACGCAUCCAGCAAGGUGAAGUAAGCUUAAUUUUGAAAACGAUGAUUCCCGAUUACUUUUUGUCAAGCGGCGCAACCCAAUAAACAAGCCAGCUACGAAUAACAAAAGAAUCCGUUGAUAGCAGCUGUAUUUUAUUUUGUGGAUCCAGUGUGAAAAGGCGGUUAAAACAUAAUAAGAUGACACAAAACUCUGUCAGCUUCAGAUAUCGGUAAACAAGUUUCCAGAUGCUGCAUAAAUUUUCCACACGAAUCCUCUUCGCUAGCUUUGCAUGGCCUGUUAAUUCUCACUCCCUCCCUUCUUUCCCUUCGCUCUUCACUGUAAAAAGUUUGAAUUCAAUCCGCUAUUGUUUGUUGCCAUAACAAUUUUCUUUCUUUGUGGAAACCCAAGAUAAAGGAAAUCGUUUAAAUCGCAACGGAUCGGAAAAAUAAAGUGUACCCGAUGAAUCUUUGUUUGGCAACGUGGCGUGGUUACCAAGCCGAUUUUAACGAUCAUCGUACUUGUCGUGUUGGUUUUGGACGCGGAAUUCUACCAGCGUUGGACCGUUUAAUCGGGGAAACAAACUGCCGUUUCGCUUCGCUCGCAGGGACGCGAUUGCUUGGCUAGGGAGCUAAGAUGCGUGUGUUUGGCCUUGUCCUCUCUUUAUUAGUGAAAACUCGGGAUAACGGAAAUCGCUUAAAUCGCAACGGAUCGGGAAAAUAACCACACAAGAGGCAAGAAGACACCAAGUAAAUAAGGCAAAGCGUAUUUUAUUGAAAAUUCAUGCGAGUAUUUAUCUUCUCGAAUCUAUUACCUGAAUUGCCAUACAAAUCCUCUACAAUGAGGGUUAUUUUGAAAAUUACGCAACCACAAGUACUCUCAUAUUGAGCUUGGGCCGCCUGUGAUUUCACACCGACAGCGGGGCGGCUCACCCCGGCAAGACGUUGACCAUGGUACCAUAGUUUUUGAACGCCGACCAUGUUUGAACAUGGUCGGCCAUGGUUCGACCGUGGUGUGUGACUAUGUGUGUUAUCAGCCCUUGACCAUGGUAUAUUGCCAACCAUAAUGGUAACAAAGUAAAUUACUGCUUUUUACUAAGUCAGUGAAAGCACAUAACAGCACAUAACAAUUUUAUUUUUUCGAAUUAGAAAUGCAUUGAGUUAAGGCCACGCCAAACCAUGGUCGACCUUCUCCAAUCCUUAGUCCGACACAAUUACAGUCGAACCCGACUAAUACGGACACCGAAGGGACAGAGCGAAGGGUCCGUAUUAGAGAGGUGUCCGUGAAAAGAGGUCACUAGGAUGACGUCACUUUAAUGACUCCACUUACAGUAUUAAGCGUUCAGUAGCUAAAACCAGGCUCACACUCGUCUUUAAACUAGCUGCAUUUAAAGUUGUUAAUUCACAGUACAAAGACACUGUCUUUCAGUAGCAUGCAACAUUGUACAUCUCAGAUAUAGACAAAUCACUGUUUUAAAACGAAACAAGCUACAGCGCAAAGCUGCAUGUAAAAAGUUGUAACGUAAAGCACAAUUCUGAAAGCUUCUUUCGCUAUUUUGCAAGUGCAGUAAACAGUAACUAGAGUACAAAAUGUGAUAGAAAAGAUCUUUAUGCUAUCUGUGGUUAUUGAACACUGAUUGAAGCCUUCAAAAAGUCGGUUAUGCUCCUCUGUACACCUUUCACAAAUCGUUGUUUCACAGCGACUGGGCUUUUUAUCACCCUGCCUGUCUCAUCAGACUAGUCGGGAUUUUCCCUGUGCAGAUUCACCUGAUCGGGAUUCGGGAUUUACCUGAUCACCGCAGUGUCCGCAAUAAAGAGGUUAAGUUUAUUUGAAUCUACUCCCUGGAGCCGAGAUUUAGUGUCCGUUUAGUCCGUGUAAGAGAGAGAGUCCGUAUUAUAGAGAUUUUUUUUAAUGAAAAUAUAUGGGAAUUUUGUCGGGACAAUGGAAACUGUCCGUAAUAGAGGUGUCCGUAUUGGAGAGGUUCGACUGUACUGCAAUUCAGUUCUUGUUCAUCUUUUUUAGUUUUAUUUUCCUUUAAUUAUUUUAGGUAUAGGCCAAACACAAUCCAUUUAUAACAUUUUCAAAGAAUUUUUUCUGUUUUUCUCGAGCCAUGGUAACCUUUGUACGACCAUGUCUGAAUCCUCGCUAGUGGAAUUAGUGCAAUCCGUGGGAGCGGUACACGAAUGCCUUAAUGCCUUUUUUUUAUAUAUCCAAUGGAUUGAACGAGGCACAGGAAGACACAAGUUUCGUGUCACAACCGGGGUCGAACAAAGUAUUUUGUUGGAGAGUGGCUUAGCAAGGUCGAUUGUAUCUCGAGUCAUACGAACGUUGCAUUUUGCUAGCUGUAUUGUGGCCGGAAAGAAACAAUGCGUUAACAUAAUUAACAAAAAAAAUUACCUGAUCAAUAUUUGAGACUGCGAUUAUUCUCCUUGCUUGUGUAUCAGUCACCAUACUAUGCUUGAUUAUGCGUGUUUUCUCAACUCCGGCAGCUCGAUCCGAAUUUGAUCGGCGAAUUUGUUUGACUCGCGACGACCGCACAAAAGCAGGACACAGAAGUAUGGCUCAGUCAAUUCCAAGCGUGCACAUUUCCCUUCGGGUAUUUGUCGGGCAUUUGUCAUUUUGUUUUGGAAAAGCUACAAAUGCCCCAUGGUGGGGCCGGGCGUUUAUACCAAAACCCCACGGUGUGGAUUGAAAAUAGGGUGCAAAUGGCCCACCCGGGACAACACCAAAAUUGCAGUUUCCAGUAAAUAAGCUGCAAAUACCAUAUUUAUAGGAAAUCUGUAAUAAUCUGAUCAAACUAGCGAGUGAGGCACCCUACGCAGAUCGCUCCUAGCCGCUAGUUCAGUAAUUAUUGCAAAAAACAUUACAUUGAUCCGAUUAAUCUCAAUGAUAGACUAUUGCUGGUUUUCAGUGUCACGCCAUUCAAAAUAGAUCAAAAUAAAAAUCAAAACCGUUCAAUAGAUAAAGUCCAGAAUCUAGGAAAUGAAAGGAGGUAUAUAUACAAAGACCCUCGCCAAGAUUCAGGUCAGGAGAAUAUUUCGUAUUCGAGAUAUCCGAAGAAUUGUUUUACCCAAACUUAUAGAGAUUUGUAUAGAGACGUCAUGCUGGUGCUCACCUGGAUGAGCUCCAACAUGGCGGACGGAAACCAACAGAAACAUCUGUUACCGAGUUUUACUACAAAAGCGUGAAUUUAUUCUUCGAGAAACUCAUAAACAUUAAAGCAAUACUUUUUCUAAUGCACGAACAGUUUAGAUAGCAAAAUUUCCUGAAAUAAGUCACUUUUUUGACCCACAUGACAGCUCACUUGGCCAUCAUGAAAAUGCCGCGUCAAGCAAAAGCUUAGAAAUUCAAGCGUACUCUAUCACGAAACCAAAAACCCUUUUGAAGAGAAAAUUUGUUUGAAAAUUAGUUUUCAGCUGCUCUAAUGCAUCGUGAAAGUAAAAUCUCGGUAGGAUCGAUAGUUUUUUAAUCUGAAUUUUGGUGACGUCAUGUGAAAACCAACAAUAAUUAAAGUCUAAAUAAUACCUUUCUUAUUUUCGAAGAUGCUUAGUAUAGUAUAUUAACAAACAACCGACGCGCUUUACAUGAUUAUUUUUUCAUCACGAUGGAACCGUUGCAUGAAUUGUCGCAUUAACCAGAUUGUCAGAUUGUCGUAUUGAUCGUACAAUACGCGAAGUUUAUAUUAGCUUUCAAAUAUCUCGCAGAGUUUUUCUAGGCCUCUCUGCCUUGACUAUUCAUGCGAAAAGAAAGUGUCUUUUCCUUUUAACUCUUCAAACGAUACAUUGAUUGUUUUUCCUCCAUGCGCAAGCUGAUCACGACGGCCGGGAGCAAUUUCUUAGACGGAUGCAAAAAGUACUGUGGGGUAGGGAAGUGAUGGAGCGAAAACCACCCAUAUCUUUUUGUCAAAAAUAUUCUUUUUGAAGCUAUUUAGAUAGGUUUUUUUUAGUGAAAUGUUGAAAAAGGAAUGACCCGGAGGGAGGGGCCAUCUCUAUUGUUUUCAUGUGUUUGUCUGUGACCGAUUCAUCACUGCCAGUGUGACGUCACUACCCUGCGUAGCAAGCGCUUGGAAGUAGUGGGUGAAAGAAAGAAAGGGCGUGCGCGAGGCAGACGUCUCCUAUUUCCUUCUUUCUUGCUCUCUUUGUUAGUUUUGUUGCCCACUUUAUCGUCAUUCUUUCAUAUAUGGAAUUUCGGCUGGCUAACUUCCCAGAAGGAGGAAAGUUUUAUCUGGAAAGAGUAAUAGGUGAAUACUGAAAUUAGCAGUGGAUUUUCAGUUCCCCAAAAUGUUAGUCUGCCGGGAUUGAUGAGAUUCUGUCCAUCAUGAACCCGUAAUUUGCCAACUUAAUCACAUAAAUUAAACUGAAACACAAACUCGGAUCAAUUCUGUGAAAUAUUGUUUGCCGAAGCGAAGAAAGUGUUACUUAACAUUGUUUCAGUAAACAAGAAGAAAAAAAACUAAUUUGUUUCCACUUUCAACAUACUUUUAAAUUUAUAUAGCGAUUCACAAAACUAGUUUCGUCAAAAGACCUCUUCAGUUGAUCGCCACAUUAUUCAAAAUAACAGACACUCUACGUAGCAAUGCAUGAAAAAUGACCCCUAGUAGUAAUGAGGCUAUUGGGCUACAACAGUCCUUGGGAUGCGGACGUAGUUCCAUUCACUUUUUUUUUCACGCGAAAUGACCCGAUCCUUUGCCAAGGGAUUAGUAAUACCACGGCUUUCUUUAUGGGGAGAAAUGCCUUUUACAAAAGUGUGUGUGUAACCGCACCUUAUGAGCUGUUUAUUGAUUAUUGUUUAUUAUCAUUUUGCCACACAAACAAACAUAUACGAAGAAAGUUUAAAAGAAGAUGAGGCAAGGGAACCCAAGAAAGCCAAGAAAGCCAAGAAUAAGGCUUGUGAACAGGACUCCUUAAGUCGAACUUAAUGUCCAUCCAAAUCGUAAUUUAGGUGGCAUGGUCUCAUGAUAAAUUCGACGUCUUUCCCCCUCCUUAAGUGAACGAUUAUACUACCUGAUUGGUACUUUUAAAUUUCGCGAUUUUAGCGAUUCUAAAAAAAUCGCGAAAUUAAAGAGCCGCGAAUAUAAAUCCACGCGAAAUGUUAAAACCCAUGUAGAAAAUUCAAAACAAGCCAAAAAAAAUUAACAAUUUAGCAACAACAUAUACAUUAUGUUCAAUAAACACCACAAAUUGUUGAUUGGUUUUACUGGCAAUUAAAAGUUCCAUUUUGUAUGUUCAGUUGUGAAAUAACGUUAAUAGCAGAGAUUUCACACAUUGCUUGUUCCAGUUUAUCUAGAAAUUUUUUUUUGAAAAAUAAAAUCAACUUGAGAACGCUUAAAUCGCGAAAUUUAAUGGCCUUUUUUUCAUAUUUGCCUGUAGAAAUCGAGAAAAUAAAACCCCUUGAAAAACUAUCUUGCCAAAUUCGCCGAAUUAAGUAUUUCUUUUUCUUUUUUUUUUUCUGCCUACUUUCUUCAUGAAUUUUUGCCGCGAAAGUAUUUCGAGUACUCGUGAAUUUUAUGUUUUCGUUUUUCUAUCCAGGUUGUUCCGGUUAUUACUUUGAAAAAUACCAAGAUUUACCAACCAGAGGAGCUCACGCCGUGGAACAUUUCACCAUCCAUGGAAAUCUAUUUCUCGCCUUCGCAAACUACCAUAGCGGCACCUCCGAAAAACACAACACAGACUCAUUCAUCUACAAGUUCAACGACUCAGCUGGAAAGUUCUUCCUUUACCAGACCAUAGGUACAAGUGGAGUGCUUGACGUAGAAUAUUUUACAAUUUCUGAUGAACAUUAUCUUGCUGUUGCUAAUAGUUUUAAUGGAAAUACGUACAGACUGAACUCAGUUAUUUAUCGUUGGAAUGGAACAUUGUUUGUUUUCUUUCAAAACGUUGCAACGAUAGGAGGAGCCGGUUUUAAUUUUUUUACGAUAGACAAAGAACCCUUUCUUACCGCAGCCAAUCAUUGGAACGGUGUUACAAAUAGUAUAAACUCAGUCAUCUACAAAUGGAAAAACCAAAGGUUUGAAAAGUUUCAGGAGAUAGCAACAAACGGAUGUCGUAAAAGUGUUGCGUUUGAAAUUAAUAAUGAAAGCUACGUUGCUUUUGCUAACUCUGUCGGAGAUUCAGUUGUUUAUAAGUGGUCAGGGAAAGGCUUCCUCAAACUGCAGACUCUCCAAAAAGCAAUGGAUGCAAAUUUCUUUUAUAUCAAUGAUCACGCGUUCCUGGCCAUUGUCUCUACAAUAACCAUCGGUCAAUCGUUUAUUUACGAGUGGAAUGGAAGUAAGUUUGUGUUAUUUCAGUCUAUUACUACUCCUGGAACCUGGGGUUCGCAUUCAUUUGUCCGAUGUGGUCAAACGUUUCUGGGGGUGACUGAUCGGUACAGCACAAAAUCCUCGCUGUAUCGAUUCUCUUAUGGCCAGUUCAUUAAAUAUCAAGAGAUUUCAAGCUCUGGCGCCAUUGAUAUGACGACAUUUGAAUACAAGGGUCAUGCUUACCUGGCUGUUGCUAAUUCAGGAGAUAACAGCACUCUGUACAGGUGGACCUAA